CAAAAUGAAAUUCAACUGAAUCAACUAUCUCCAUAGUCGGCCAUAAACACUCAUCCGUCCCAGACUACCUCCUUCGAGGUUCUUGGAAACAGAAGCUAACGAUAAUUCAACGAGUUUAAAGCAGUUUGAAUGAGAAAGUAGUGGCAAAUCGGUGAAAAACGCAAUUCAAAAGUUCGAAACUGUUACAAAUUUUAAUCGUUGUAUCGUCGUUUCAUUAAUUUCCCAACAUGGGACAUCAGUUCUUUCUUCAAUUAUCCAUCCCAACUCGAAAGUGAAUUAGUGAAACAAAACUUUUGCUCUUGUCAGUCCAGUAAUGUGGCAGCCAUUUAACAAGGCAUACUAGGCGCACUUAAUGGGCCACGCCCACAGCGCCCACUUGAGGUGGCAGGGGUGGCGUUCAAUCAACUUCGAUGAGCAACAGUUUGCUGCAAUUUAAGUUACACUUUGCCACCUGUCGUCCGGAAGCCCAUUUUCUGGAGCUGAAAGCGCCAACCCCAAAGAGACACAUCGAGCCGAAAGCGGCUCGGAUGCGCUCGUCCUGCCGACGACUUUAUGGCGCCCGCCUGCGCAGCGAACGUAUAAAAGGAGGACUCCGGCCGGAGGAUACAUCAGUUGGCCCAGCGGAGCGGCGCGCGUCUCUCAAAUCGGAAACCAAAAAGUUCCAAAUACUUCCAGUGCCAUGGAUAAAGUGAAUAAGUGUUUAAAUUAAAUUUCAAAACUCUUUGUUUUUGGUGCUGUGAAUAUUACAGAUUUUUUCUAAAAAUUUAUUGGCCAAUCCAUUCAACGAGUCCAGCAUGUGAAAAGCCGCGGGGAAAAUGCAAUUUUCACGAAAGCUGCGCUAAAAGGGCCGGAAAAGUGAGAGGAUAUUCGGAAAAGGAUUAUCAGAGGUGCUGUUCCGUCUCAAAACGAGUGAUUUUUCACCUUCUGGCCGAAACAGAUCGAGUGCAAAUUUCGACUGGCUAAGCUCGUGCCGCGAUCGGCGUAUACUGCCACGCCCCCCGGUGCAGCUCCAUCGCCACCGCCCGCGUCAUUCCUUUCGACUCGCCGCAGCAUGGAUCGCAGCGGGAGUGCAAACAAUGGCUCUGAGCUGGGUGGCUCCACGGCUUCCACGGCGUUUCGCACAAACACGGCUCCCUGGAACAAUGACAAGGAGUCGCCAAACAACGAGGACGAUUCGAACGAGGACGAUGGGGAUACUGCCACGCCCGCAAAAGUCACAGAUCCUUUAGCACCGCGAUUGGCAAACAAUGAGCGAAUUUUGGUUGUCUCCGUGACGGAACGUACCCGAGAAACUUGGGGUCAGAAGGCCGAAUUCCUGCUGGCAGUGAUUGGCUUUGCCGUAGACCUGGGCAAUGUCUGGCGAUUUCCUUACAUUUGCUACCAGAACGGCGGCGGGGCCUUCCUGGUGCCCUACUGCGUGUUCCUCAUCUUUGGAGGCCUGCCCCUAUUCUACAUGGAACUGGCCCUGGGUCAGUUCCAUCGAUGCGGAUGCCUCAGUAUCUGGAAGCGCAUCUGUCCGGCGCUGAAAGGUGUCGGCUAUGCAAUCUGCCUAAUUGACAUCUAUAUGGGCAUGUACUACAACACGAUUAUUGGAUGGGCGGUGUACUAUCUCUUCGCCUCGUUCACCUCUCAACUGCCAUGGACGUCCUGCGAUAAUCCCUGGAACACGGCCAACUGUAUGCCCGUAACAAGUGAGAACUUCACAGAACUGGCAACCUCACCGGCCAAAGAGUUUUUCGAGCGAAAGGUUUUGGAGAGCUACAAGGGCAAUGGCCUGGAUUUUAUGGGUCCCGUAAAGCCCACCUUGGCCCUCUGUGUCUUUGGCGUGUUUGUCCUGGUUUAUUUUUCGCUUUGGAAGGGUGUCCGAAGUGCUGGAAAAGUCGUUUGGGUCACAGCCCUGGCUCCAUACGUGGUGUUGAUUAUCCUUUUGGUAAGGGGAGUCACACUGCCCGGAGCGGAUGAGGGGAUCAAGUAUUACCUAACCCCGGAGUGGCACAAGCUGAAGAACUCCAAGGUGUGGAUCGACGCAGCAUCACAGAUUUUCUUCUCCCUGGGUCCUGGCUUUGGAACCCUACUGGCAUUGUCCAGUUACAACAAAUUUAAUAAUAAUUGCUAUAGAGAUGCUCUCAUCACCAGUAGCAUUAACUGCCUGACCAGUUUUCUGGCUGGGUUUGUAAUAUUUUCAGUUUUGGGAUACAUGGCCUAUGUCCAAAAGACCUCCAUCGACAAGGUGGGUCUGGAAGGUCCUGGCCUGGUAUUCAUUGUCUAUCCGGAGGCCAUUGCCACAAUGAGUGGCUCGGUGUUUUGGAGCAUUAUAUUCUUCCUGAUGCUCAUUACCCUGGGAUUGGACAGCACUUUCGGAGGACUGGAGGCAAUGAUAACGGCCCUGUGCGAUGAAUAUCCUCGAGUGAUUGGUCGCCGGCGUGAGCUGUUCGUCCUUCUGCUGCUGGCCUUCAUCUUCCUUUGCGCCCUGCCGACGAUGACUUAUGGUGGAGUGGUGCUGGUUAACUUCCUGAAUGUCUACGGACCGGGAUUGGCCAUACUUUUUGUGGUCUUUGUUGAGGCCGCCGGAGUUUUUUGGUUUUACGGAGUGGAUCGCUUCAGUUCGGAUGUGGAGCAAAUGCUGGGCGCCAAGCCGGGACUGUUCUGGCGUAUAUGCUGGACAUACAUUAGUCCUGUGUUCCUGCUGACCAUUUUCAUAUUCUCCAUACUGGGCUAUAAGGAGAUGCUUGGCGAGGAGUUCUACUACCCCGACUGGAGCUUCCAGGUGGGCUGGGCGGUCACCUGCUCCUCGGUGCUGUGCAUCCCCAUGUACAUCAUAUACAAGGUAUUUUUCGCUUCCAAGGGCGGAUGCCGGCAGCGGCUAGUUGAGUCCUUUAAACCGGAUGACAGCUGCGGCUCGGUAGUGCCCGGCCAGCAGGGCACUUCGGUGUGACAUGACCACGGCGUCCACCUCAACAUUCGCACCAGCUGCACCACCAUCAAGAUCUACAAUCUGCGGUGCAACGGCAGCAGCCAUAGCUUGUCACCAACAACCUCAGGGGCUUUCGACACGAGGAGCUACCACGCCUUCAACCACACAAAAAAUCUCAACCAGAGCUGCCCCCCACCGGAUCCGAUCCGGAAUCAGUAUCAGUAUCAGCAUCAGCAUCAGUACGAGCACGGGAAUCAGCCCCAGAAUCGGAUCAGCCACGAUAUUAUUAGUACUAGUCUUAGGCAGUCGCAUAGCCAUAGUAUGAGUCUCUGCUCGGUGCAGAGCAAUCCCAUGACGAACAUGAGGACGCCACUUUCUGCCGAGGACAAUAACUGCUCCCUGCUCAAGUUUCCCCUGGCCAGCGAGUGGCUGGUCUAAGCGCCCACAAACUCACACACUGUACAGCUUGGGGGUCCUGCAAAGCAGCCAUUUUACAGGACUCCCAGAGCUCCAGUUCAAAAGUUGGGAAAUGAUGAUGAAAUCGAGUAACUCAACGUUUAAUCUUGUUUGAUUGCUUUGCAAGCUCAUAGUGAGCCUAAGUAUUGUAGUUGUCCAGAAACAGUAGAAACUCUAGCCCUAGUUUGUAAGCGUUAACUAGCUCAGCUGUAAGUAACGAGAACUUUGGUAAAAUGCUUUCUAAACAAAUAUCUGCUCUAAGAUAGAGAUCCCUGUACAAUGCAUUACUCACACAUUUUUCUGGCGUUGGAGAGGCAAUCGUAAGACAGCCACUUGCAUUGUUUCUCCACCGCGAUUGUUGAUUUUGUUUCUUUUAAAUAUAAUUUCGGUUAUACGAAAUAAGAAAA